CCCUACCCUCUGAAUCUCUCAAGUCAUUUUAGGCAGUCCACCUCCACAGUCAACAAACUGAAUCCGCUGUGCUCCGUAUAGUCCUGGUCGCCUGCAAGAGUAUGAUUAUACUUUUCUAGCAGCCUUCCCUUUGUGCCGAACAAUCCCCUCCCCCUUUAAAAAAAAAAGCUCUGGGCAAUCUGGGGAAAUAGAAGAGACCUUUCUCUCUCUCUUUAUUAUCAACAUUAACAUAUGUCUUGCUUGAAUUACUGAGUGAUUAUUUUAUACUGCCACCCCAGUGGGGAGAAUCAACGGCCCAAACUUCCCACUCCGCCCCCCCUUCUCCCUUUCCCUCUUUUUCUUCCCCUUCCCACUCUCCUCUUUCCCCCAUUCAUUCAACAUCCCCCCCCUCCCCCCCCCAGUCCUACGAGCGGCACUUCUCGACUGUGCCCUUCUUUGGAUCUGGUCUUCUUAUUCUUUGGGGCUCUUUUUUUUCGUUUCUUCUUUCGCUUCUUGUAUAUGCCCCUCUAACAACCACCCCCCUUCCCCGUCCUCCCGACACGACUUGUCAUCUCCGGGGUUUCCCAUCCGACCACCUUUCGUUUCUUCCACUCGCCUGGCUUCGAGUUCUUCUGCAUUUUUCUUUUAUCGGCAUCAAGCGUCCUUGCUCUCUCUUUUUUUUAAUCGCUGUACAACUAUACUUUUUUUUCAAGUUCACGCUUCUUAGAACAGUACUUCGUCUUGUUCCUUGACCUCAUCUGUCCCGACCACGACCGUCUUGUGCUGUUCUUUCAAUUUACUGCGAGUUACCUUGUCGAUACUUGACCCGACCCGGACACUCGUGAAAUCUUCUCAGUCAAAUUGGGCGGAAAGCAACAAUUAUGGCUGCGCUGGUCCAAACGAUCCCCCAACAUAGUAGCACGGUACCGGUGCUCCAGACGCGUCCUUCCUCCUCCUCGGGCACCUUCGUCUCCUCGUCGGCCCAGCAUUCAGGCUCCCAUUACCAGAACAUGUCCUGGAGUUCAUUCAAUACCGGCAAUUCCGGGAGCUAUCGCGCAGGCCACCAGGUUGUGGCUCCCUAUGCCUACGCUCCUCCCAAUCUGGCUCCCUCCGCCUCCUCCCCCACAACCCAGCAUCGCCAGUCGUGGUCACCCCAUCUUCGACCGGAGCACCGUACCUUUUCGGCUCCUGCGAUCCAUCAGGGUUCCGUGAAUCUAUCGUACACGGGCAACUCACGCGUCAACAAUCCUGCAGCUGGUUCUGUAUCGACUUCCUCUUCAUCCAACUCUUCUUUCCGUUCCCAUAUUUCCAAGGACGACAGUGCCCUCCCUUCCCGGCAAUUGAGAACGGAACAGCCGCUCCGCCCUCUAUCGACUGCCAACCUCCCUCCUCCCAACGUCAUGAAUAUCUCCUCUCCCGCUGGCUCCGCAAAGCCAUCUCCCAAUCGCUACCGUCGUGCGAAUCAACAACGGACAGAGAGUGCUCGGUCUCAGUCACCAGUCCCUCUGUCUACUCCCCCUGCCAUUGACGAUAAAACGAUUGUCAGCCCUCCUCCCGUUCUUCGGUCAAACGGCCACAACCGUGUUUCCAGCGUGGACGACUCGUCUCAUCUGGAGCGGCCACAGCCAGAAGUUGCCAAGCGGUACCGUCGCCGCAGUCUGGGAAAUAUGGAUCCAGCUGCCUAUCCUAGCUUGGACCUUCAAAUGCCCGUCUCCUCAUCGCCUCAGUCGGAUCCAUACGACUUUAUCGCAUUCGACACCAACCAAAGGCCCCGUUCGGCUCACUCGCACCGGGAUAGCUUGGGGAGCGUCCACUCAGCACACUCGUCAACCUCCUCGGUACGAGAAGGGCCGCCUCACGAUGCAAGUUCUAUCACCAGCAAGACUGGCAGGCCGGAGGAGAAGCGCCCUAGUAAACCCUCGCCUCUCUCCCAACCGUCAGCUUCACCCGGGUCUCCAAAGAUUGGACCGACAACCGCCCAGACCACCACGGCAUCGUCACCACCGACUGAGUCGCCGGCUGCCAAACGUCUAGCCGAACUGAAAAAUGAGCCAAAGCGUCCGGGAAAAUCACGUCUGCGACGCGCCUUCUCUUUUGGCAGUGCUUCGGAGCUGUUGAAGGCAUCCUCCGUACAGAAUGCCGCGAACAAGCGAGAGGCCGCCGCCGCCGAGCAGGCUCGCCGGGAUGCUCUUCGUGAGGAGCUGGGAGAGGAACAAGCCGCCAUCGCGGAACAACAAGAAGCUAGUGGUUUGGGUGAGAGUAUCUACUCUCAUCAGGGCAACUUCUUCCGUGGCUCCACCGAUGCUCUGUCCGUCUCAUCGACCGCUUCCUCGGCAUCAAUGAUGCUCCGGAAGAUGGGCAAGGGCAUGAAGCGAGGUGGUCGGUCCCUCGUCGGCCUAUUUCGUCCUAAAUCGAUUGCCAGCAUCAACUCAAUUGAAGGGGGAGUUGGAUCGCCGGAACAGCCUAUGGCUGCUCCCAAAAUCUCAGUGGUCAAUGUUGAAGGGGAACGAGCAGACCUGGAGAGCGUAACAGUGAAUGCUGAUCCGCAAGACAUGCCCCGUGGUGGCACGGUCUUCCCCAAGGCUGAAGGUGGCUCGGAGCCUCGCCGAUCUGCUUCUAUCCGGGACCGCCCGCCGCAACGCAGUGUCUCGGAUAACACCGGUGACACGCGCAAGAGCAUCCUUGGAGGUGAGCGUGAGCGUGCAGAGGUCUUGGCGAAUAUUCGCCAGACCCGGGGUAUCCUGAAGAAGACCAAUUCAGACCACGGUGUGUCAUCCCAGGCUCGGGCACAGAAUGGCAGUGAUUCGCCACAUUCUAGUGCGCCAACGACCCCCGAUGAGGGAGCUCGGACUGCUCGUCCAGCCGACCAUGUCAAGAUCGCAGGGGAAGACUACUUCAUGUCGGAAGGUGGUCGGUUUACGGGUGGUGAUGCUAAGAGCGCUCCCAUCACCCCACAGCCGGGUUCACGCAACAUCAUGUUCAGUCCUCGCAUUCAAUUCCAUGACACCUGGCCUAGUGGCGAGUACGAUCGUCGCGGGGACAUUGCUACUUGCAAUCGUUUGACGCCUCUGCUUGCACAGCAGAUCCGAGAGGAGAUCAAUAACUUUAAGAUGGAGAUGGAAGUUCAUGAGAACUCUAAGAUCUACACGCACUUCAUUUGAUUUCAUUGGUCGGGAUUGUUUUGCGUGGUGUCUUACCUCGAGUCUACAUCCAAGUCCAUAGAUCUGCAUUUACUUUGGCGAUCGGGGGUGUUUGAUGCCCUUUUUUUGGCCCCUUUUAUCUUCCACGCUCUCGCUCUCUCCCUCUCCGGGGAACUUCCCAGGUCUACCUUUGCCUAGGAUCGUUUCUCCCCUUAUCUCGGCGGCCUCACCACUCGGCCAACUCUCUUUCCAGUUGUUAUUCUUGACGUGGCUCGUCACAACUGGUCUCAGUACGUUGAACCCGACAGGGUGGCUCGUCUCAAAACUUACCUCUUCAUGCUACCGCCAACGCUUGCGCCUUUUCCCGUUGCAUUUUCUCUGCCCUGGGCGUUGACCCGUCAAUCUAAUGAACGUUGCCUUACAUGCCAUUUAUUACUUGCCAGGCGCGGCGGUCGAGUCUUUCGUCAACCUCUUCUUUUCCUCCUUUCCACGGCGCUCCGCUUUCCCACUAUUUCCAUCUUCUGUCUUUUCCGCAUGCAUUGGAACCGAAACAUUGUCAUUGUCCUUAAGUAUUGGGAGCGUCGUCACACUGGGCUUGGUUUUUCUUUUUUUUUCUCCGUGGCUCUUUUGCUCCAUGUCUUUUCCAUUUGGUUUUCUAGCACAUCAUUCUGUCAUGGUCAUGUCGGGCCCCCUCCCCCUUUUUUUUUUACUCUAGUCAACCUCUACCAUUAUCAUCUCAUCGGCUCGUCUGAACGCAAUCCGAGCCUCUGCAUUUUCGCCCGUUAUUUCAUUUUGCUUUUGUGAUUAACUUCUCAUGCUGUGUAUCUUUUUUUUUUGGGUUGUAUCUUGAGACCUUGCCACUUGCAGAGAUAUUGAGUCGUUGUGGCGAAGAGGCAUUUUGCAAGAUCAUCUCCCGUGUUAAGUUUGGGAUAGGCAUUAAUGUGAAACUCGUUCCAAUGGUCCUGCGAUGCAAUUGACAACACCCUUGUAGUUAUGUAGGACUCGGAAGAAGUAGUGAAUGGUUGAUAUACA